UCUCUAUUCCUUCCUGGCUGUUGUCCAAUAAUCUUGUGUUUUUUUUUUUUCUAUUUUCCUUUUGUUCCCCCUUCUUCACCCCAACUGAACCUGGCAUUAAGAAGACGGAAAAACCGUUUUCGGCCAUUCAGUUGUCGUUUCGUGUCGUAGACAUGUCAGAAAAGAGCGAUGCACCCGAUGGGAGCGUGUCCAAGACGAAGGACCAGGCAGACACUACUGCUGUGGAGGUUGAGCCCGGGAUGGAGAAAGACAGUGAGAAGCAGGACGAGAGUGGAGCGGAAGAUGGCAACGAUGACGGCCUGAUGCGCGGCUUACAGCUGGUAGUGUUUACAAUAGGCAUGAUGGCAGUGAUGUUCCUGAUGUGCCUCGACCACUAUAUCCUGGCCACUGCGGUGCCGCGGAUCACCACGGAAUUCAACGCGCUCCAGGACGCGGCCUGGUACAGCAGCGGCUACUACCUCACCAACAUGGUGCUGCAGCCUGCCUUCGGCCAGAUGUACGCGCUCUUCUCGCCCAAGCUGAACUACCUGGUGAGCCUGGUGGUCUUCGAGGCCGGCUCGCUGAUCUGCGCGCUCGCGCCGUCGUCGGCCGUGCUCAUCGUCGGCCGCCUCAUCAGCGGCGUCGGCGGCGGCGGUCUGUACAUGGGCAACGUGGUCUUCAUCGGCGCCGCUGUCCCCGGCCGGUCGCGGCCGCUGUAUAUCGCGCUCAUCUGCACUCUCGACGGCGUCGCCUCGGUCUGCGGCCCCCUGCUCGGCGGCCUGUUCACCGACUCGGAGCGGCUGACCUGGCGCUUCUGCUUCUGGAUCAACCUGCCCAUCGGCUUCGUGGCCUUCUUGGUGCUGUGGUGGUGCCUGCGGGAUCCGCCGAGCCUGGCCCGGACCACGGCGGCCAUUCCCGUGCUGCAGCGGCUCGCCCGGGUCGACUGGCUGAGCAUGACGCUGCUGACGGCCGGCUUCACCAUGGUGCUGCUGGCACUGCAGUGGGCCGGUCCGGUGCACCCGUGGUCGGAUCCGCGCGUGUGCGGCUGCCUGGUGGGCGGCGGGAUCGCCCUGGUGCUCUACUUCGUCUACCAGCACUACCAAGGGGAAGACGCAGCCAUCCCCUACCGUGUCCUGCGCCAGAGGACCGUCUUCUUCAGCGCCGCCUUCAUGCUUCUCAUGAGCAUGCUGAUUGGCGCGCUGGUCUACUACCUGCCGUUCGAGUUCCAGGCUGUACGCGGCGACGAUGCCACCGCCUCCGGUAUCAGCAAUCUGGCGUUCCUGAUGCCGGUCAUGAUUGUGCCACUUCUGAGCGGGGCGUUCAUAAGCGUGACUGGCUUCUACGUUCCGUUGAUGUACCUCGGCGGGGCCCUGGCGACGGCGGGCAGCGGCCUGCUGAUCACGCUGCGGCCCAGCACCCCCCGGCCUCGGAUCAUCGCGUACCAGGCCCUGGCCGGGAUCGGCGCCGGCCUCUGCCACCAGAUCCCCUAUACGUCGAUCUUACACGUCGUAGCGCCGCAGGACACCAUCGCGGCUAGUGCGCUGUCCAGCCUCGUCAACAGCCUCGGCGCCAUCCUCGGGAUCGUGUUCUCGCAGGCCAUCUUUGCCAAUGUCCUGAUCGGCAAUCUCGGCGGCGUCCCCGGCUUGGACGCAAGUGCCGUCCUGCUGGCCGGGCCAACAAACAUAGGCACCGCUGUCCCACCUUCCCUUGUCGGUGUGGUGCGAAACGCAUACGCCGCAGCCUUGCAUAGCACAUAUGUUCUUCCGGCGGUGGCUGCGGGAUUGAGUUGCAUCUCCGCCUUGGGUAUGGAAUGGAAGCGGAUCCGCAGUUGAUUGGACCAAGGGGGGCUGGGCGGGACGGGAAUGGUGGGACUGACCGUUGGAAAGAUGGCAGACCCCCUCGGCCAUCCUCCCUUGAUCCAGUCCUCGGGUUUGUUCGGAUUGUGGCGUGCGCCAACCCGUGCCGCGCGGCUCCCUGCUUCUUCCACUUAGCGAAUCUUUACUCGAUAAUAUCCGUGUCGAUUGCUGAUUCUGUGUUACAUGCCAAGUAGCAUGCAUAGAAGAUAAACGGCGGCACAGCGCCAGGGUUGGCACCAUGAUUGCAUCAGCACAGGGUUUGCGCGACGGAUUCCCGUUGCAUCGGGAGAAAUUCGAAUCGAUGGCGACUGCUGCGCCGUCCUGCAAGUGCAGCCGGA